CGCUUCAGUGCGCAUGCUCAGUGCGGUGACGCCGCGGCCGCGCGCGUGUGAAUGUGUGUGUGCGCGCGAGAGAGAGUGCAUUAUUUGGCAGCGAGGCGGCGGAGCGGUGCGAGCGAGCGAGAGCGAGAGGGUUUCCCGGGAUUAACCGAGUGAAUUACCGGCCGAACCGCCCGGAAGAGCCGCGGUGAGAAGAACAGCGACCCGCGAGACCCGGUGCGGUGAUGUCAGAGGACACGGUGCGGCAGACACGCAGUCAGAAGCGAGCUCUAGAGCGGGACUCUGUGGCCGCGGACGGGAAGCAGCUGAAGCUGGAAGAUGUGGAGCGUUCCCGCUCAGAGACCUCCAGCAUCCUGAAGGCCACCAUCAAAGUGGAGCUGAAGACCGGAGACGAGCCCACGGACACCAGCAACACAGAGAUGAAGAGAGACACGAGUCCGGCGCCUGAUGAUGUGAUCGUUCUGUCCGACGAGCCGCUCAGUCCACAGGUGAACGGAGGAAAUCACCUCAAAGAGCUGGACGUGGAUCUGCUGAUGAGGAGUUCUCCACAGCAGCGCGAGCGCGUCAUCAAGCAGCUGAAGGAGGAGCUGCGUUUAGAGGAGGCCAAGCUCAUCCUGCUGAAGAAACUCAGACAGAGUCAAACACACAAAGACUCCGCAGCUCAGAAGCCGACGGCUCCUGUGUCCAGCGCUGCUCCUCUGCUGAAGGGAUCUACUGCUGCUGCUGCUGGGAAAACAGCACAACCUGUGAUCGCCGCUCGGGCUGCUGGGACGGGGAUUCCUCCUCCGCUGGUGCGCGGCGCUCAGGUGUCCAAACACGGCUCGUCCGGCGCUCAGGUCAUCAUGCCUCCUCUGGUCCGAGGAGCUCAGUCGAUCUCAGUGUCAGCGCAGCAGAUCUCUGUCCUGAGACAGCAGCAGAACUCCUCCUCAGGUCCUCCUCCGCUGCUCCUCGCUCCCAGAGCCACACUGAGCAGCGUCCCGGGACAGAAGAUCCUCCAGCCCGGACUCAUACGCAUGAGCAGCAUCCCCAGCACAGGCCUGCUCCUCAGCAUCAGCCAGGCCGCCGGCUCGAAGCUGAAGAGCGUCUCCAGUGUGAGUGUGUCUCCAGACAGCCGUCAGGCGGCUAAACUAGCGCUGCGCAAACAGCUGGAGAAGACUCUUCUGGAGAUCCCGUCUCCCAAACCGUCCUCUCCUCAGCUCAGCUUCCUGCCGUCGGCGGCCAGUAAUGAGUUCAUCUACCUGCUGGGGCUGGAGGAGGUGGUGCAGAACCUGCUGGAGUCUCUGGGCCGAGGUCAGCAGGGUCUGUACGCUGGUCUGCUGGUCAGUUCUGGGGAGCCGAGCUGCUGCUCUCAGUGUCAGACAGACUUCACGUGCCGCUGGCGGCGAGACGAGGGCGGAGCCGUCAUGUGUGAGCAGUGCAUGUCGUCCAAUCAGAAGAAGCAGCUGAAGGCUGAACACACCAAUCGGCUGAAGGCGGCGUUCGUCAAGGCUCUUCAUCAGGAGCGUGAGAUCGACCAGCGCGUGCUGCAGCAGGCCACGCCCCCUGCCUCCUCCUCCUCCUCCUCCUCUGCUCAGGUGAUGAAGGUGCGCUCGUCUUCAGUCCAGCAGGGCGUGAGCCGUCACUCAGCCAUCAGACAGGUGUCGAUGCGCCCCGUUCCUCAGUCCUUCUCCUCGUCCUCUCAGCUGCAGAACGCAGUGGCGGCCGCCGCUCUGGUCAGCAGGCCAGGUAAGCAUGCCGAGCGUCAGGGGUCAAAGGUCGGCAGCAGCGUGAGGAAACGGAGCAGCGGUGGAGCAGCAGGCGUGACCAUGGCGUAUGUGAACCCCAGUCUGUCGGGGCAGAAGCCGUCGGUGGUGGAGCGUCAGCGCGAGUAUCUGCUGGACAUGAUCCCGUCUCGCUCCGUCUCACACACCACAAACACCUGGAAGUAGAAGCUCGCUCCGCUCCGGAUCCGGAUCCAUCUCAGUGACACACAAGGGCUCCGAGUCUCGUCUGGUGUGACAUCAUCGCUUCACUUCCUCCCGAGAGUUCAGUCUUAGUUUCAGUCACACUGACCGUCUGUGAACCAUGUCCGAGUUUCAGUUGAAGAUUCUUUUAUUUGUCAAUAUUUGUAUUAUUUUUUUGCAGAUUAUAUUGUUUGUUUAAAAGGUUUGUAUUUCCAUGCAGGCGAUUCUCUACAUGUAAACCAUUAGAUUAAAAGAGUUAUUGAUUGGUGUAGAAGAUCAUCAGUAAGCUCAGAUUGUGUUUAAUGAGCUGAUGAUGAGGAUGAUGAUGAUGGUGCAGAGCAUCAGUGUUUAUGAUGAUGAUGAUGAUGAAGGCAGAGGGGUUAAACUGCACAUGAACAAAUCUCAUCACUGUUUGAAACCAAGAAUAUUCAUGUUCUGUAGACAGUCGAGGUCACAUGAUGAUGAUGAUGUCACACCGUCGUGUUUCCAUGGUUACAGACCGUCACAGUGUUGCGUUUGCUUCCUGCAACAUGUACAAAGUUACAGUUUGUUAGAUUUAUUUGUUCCUGUAAUAAAAUGUUUUAACCCUUUCA